UUUGAAAAUUUUUUUUCUGUAUAAGUUUUGCCGAUAAAACCAGAUUUGAUUUAAAAUUUUUUUUUUUGUUUGAAAAAUUAAAUCGUGAUGUCAUCAUCAACAUCUGCACGUAUUAUACCGGUUGAUCAUUCAGUGAAUUAUUGGGACCGUUAUUGUGAUCCACGUACUGUGGAUUUUUGGCUCAUAUCAAAUGGACCAUGGAAAUUGGCCACUUUUACUGGUGCCUAUUUGGCCAUAGUAUUCAUUGGACAACGAUGGAUGCGUACACGUAAACCAUAUGAAUUACGUACACCAAUGUUUAUCUAUAAUAUCAUAUUGGUUACCAUUAAUGGUUAUUUUCUAUUCGAAUCAUUAUUAUGGAUAAAUUUUGGUAUACGUUUAUUUGAUUUUAAAUUUCCAUCAUCACAAGAUCGUUCCGUGAAUGCAAUGCAUAUAGUACAUAUGUUUUAUUAUUAUCAAUGGACAAAAUUUAUUGAUUAUUUUGAUACAUUUUUUUUUAUAUUACGAAAAAAAGAUCGUCAACUAACAGCAUUACAUAUUUAUCAUCAUAUUUCUGUACCGAUUAUUGGUUGGAUUUCAUCAUGGACAAAUCCAACAAUGCCAGUACUUGGCCUUUUUGCAAUGCUCAAUUGUUUUUGUCAUGUAAUCAUGUAUACAUAUUAUGCACUUUCAUCAUUUGGUGAACAUAUACAGCCAUAUCUUUGGUGGAAACAUUAUAUAACACGUAUACAAUUAACACAAUUUGCAAUAAUAGGUACAUAUGGUAUCUGUUUACAAUUAUUUCAUACUGGUUAUCCAUUAUUAUAUCGAACAUUACCAAUAUCACAGGCAAUCAUAUUUCUUUACAUGUUUGGCCAAUUCUAUAUUCGAUCCUAUUAUCGUAAUAAUAAUAAUAAUAAUCGAACGAUAAAACAAAAAAACCAAUGAUAACUGAUUGAAUGGUGAUUUUUCAAAACAAAACAAAACAAAAAAAACAUUGAUCUUUACCAUUGAUAGAUGGCGCAAAGCUUCUUAUUUAUCACACAAUAUUCUUUUUUUUUAACUUUUGGUCUCUUUAGAAUUUUUUUUUUGUUUCAAUUUGUUCUUAUAUUGUAAUUCAAGAUUUUGUUCUUCAAUCAUCAUCAAAUCCAAGACAGAAAUGACAUUUCUUCGUUUCACAAUGUUGUAUUUCGUUGUUAUUAUUAUCAUUGUGUUUGUUUUAUAUAUCGAAUAAAAUGUUAAAUUGUUGUUU